UUGAUUCUAGUUUGGUCACAAGUCUCUGAGAAGCAAUGAAGAGAGCCAGUGUCAUUAUUCUGCUUAUUGCUGGUGUGUUGGCGAAUGAGAAAGAUCUCCGCUGGCAGAACAGCUAUGACCAGCCAUUAGAUUUCACAUGCCCGCCAGGACAAUCAAUCUCUCGCAUAGUCAGUGAGCAUAACAACAAACAUGAAGAUCGUGUCUGGGACUUCGCCUGCAAAGCCACAUUUGCUUCAUCGACUAGCUGCUUCACGUCUGCCUACGUAAAUGACUUUGACAAACCUUUCAUCUACCAAUGCCCUAGCCACCAAGUGAUCACAGGGAUGAACAGCUAUCAUGAAAACAAGCAUGAGGACAGAAGAUGGAAGUUCACCUGCUGUGGGAGCAACAACUUCUGUACGGAUUCAUGCGGGUGGACCAACUAUGUUAAUUGGUUUGAUGAAGCCUUCACCUUUGAAAUGCCACCCAACACUUACUUGGUUGCAGUUGAAAGCUACCAUGAAAACCAUCACGAAGAUCGUCGCUGGAGAUACCAAUACUGCACGAAGAGACAAUGCUGAUUUAAGACUUAUUCUGUCUACAGUCUGAAUAUUUGAUUGAUUGUUGUUGAUCCAAAGAAUUGAUUAAAGAUAACAGCAUUA